AAAACUGUCAUUGUCAAAUCUGUCAUUGUCACAAUCACUAUUCAUUUCAGUCACUCCGUGCAAUAAAUGGCUUUCAAUGUUUUCGAUCUUGGAUUACAGAUGGUUUGCGGAUGAAUUACAUUAAUGAUAAUAUGAUAUGAAAACACAGCAGUUAUUAAAUAACAGGCCAUCAGAAAUAUGGACGUAAUCCAUAAAUCUCUACGAGAUCAGACGUUGCGGAGCACAAUUGAAGAUCUUCCUGAUGAAGUGUUGGAAUUCAUUUUAGGCUUUUUACCCCCAUACAAGGACCUGCAAAAUUGUAUGAUCGUUUGCAAAAGAUGGUAUAUUUGUGCUCAAAACGUUUUACACAACACGUCUGUAAAACUCUUAAAGGCUGUGGGAGAAUUUAAUAUCAUUUGGAAAAAUGUAGGCCCAACAGAUAUGGUACCAACCAUAACAAAACGAUUUUCGCAUGCAGCUUGUGUUCUUGAAAAUAAUAUGUAUUUUGGGGGCUGUACCACCAAUUCCACUUCAUUCAAUGAUCUUUGGAGAUUUGAUCUAUCCUUAAGGCAAUGGGUGAGACCACUAGCCACAGGUACAUAUCCAGUUCCCAAAGCUUACACAUCAAUGGUACAUUAUAAAGACUGCCUCAUAGUGUUUGGAGGUUGGACAUAUCCCUCACUCUCCCAAUAUUAUCAAAACAUGACAAUGUUCAAUGAAAUACAUUUUUACUGUGUUAAUACAAAUAAAUGGGUAUUAAUAAAUGCAACUAACUGUCCCCCACCUAUGGCUGGACAUUCUGCAUGUGUAAAGGAUGAUGAAAUGGUUGUGUUUGGUGGGCUUGUGAUGUCAGCUGUUCAGAACAAUCAGAUACAAUGCUCAAAUGAUGUGUGGGUGCUAGAUAUACCCACACUUAACUGGAGAAAGCAAGCAACAACUAAACCAAGGCCUUCCCCUAGAUAUGCUCAAUCCCUUAUUCAGUUGGACUCUGAAAGACUAAUGCUUUUGGGAGGAGUGCAAACUCUGCAUAAUCGUUUUGUGUAUAGUGAUUGUUGGAUACUUACAAUGAAAGGUCCAACAUGGACAUGGAAAGAAUUAGCUGUGAAAAAUAAAGAAUGGGCUUCAGCUAAUAUUUGGUGCAAUCCAGCAUGUAGAGUGGGAGAUAAAGUUGUCAGCCUAAGCAGAAGCAGAAAUGCGUGGAAUGGGGCUAAACCUUUGGUUACAUCAGCAGUCCGUUUGUCUGCUAUGAAUAGGGCUGAAGGCCCACCUGUGUCAGUUAGAGUAGAGCAAAGUCUGCAGAGACCCCUAGAUAGAGACCAAAAUAUCAAUGGCAGACGAGGUGUUUUACCAAGGCGUUCUCAUCCUCCUAGACAGGGCCAAAACACUCCAAAUCAAGAACCAGUAGCUGGACCUAGUAAUGAAGACAGAUCUCACAAUUCAGUAGCUUGUAAAGAAAAUAAUUCAGAUAAUAAAAAUCACCAAGCUGGACCAAGUAGUGAAUCACGCAAUACAGGCAAUAAUUUAGAGUUUGCUACUAAAGAUCUGGCCUUGAAGAGAAACAAAAAUAAAAACAAGGGAAUGAAAAUAGUACGACAAUUGCAAGAAGCUAAUAAAUACAGAAUGGCGGCGUUUGCUUGCGAUUCAUCUAUUCACAAUUCCCCACCUGAAAAUGAUCUCAUUAAUCAGAGGCAAAUUGCCCACUUAGAGAAUAGAAGAGAACAACUUCCGCCACCAGAUAACCCUCAACAAAGGCAGCCAGCAGUGAAGAAGAUUAAAAGGAAUACAUUGAGUAUGCAUGUUUUGGAUAUUUCUACUGUAGUAAAUGGGAAUUCCCUGAACUAUGUGUCUUGGUUAUGCCCCCGCUUGGGAGAAAUGACUGGAGCUCCGGAAGAAUUAGUUAUGUACUCAUUAGUGAAAGGGAAUGGAGAAUUGAUUAUGUUUGGAGGUGUCCACAAUGAUGUUAGUAUUUUUAAUUACUCUGAACACCAAAAUAUGUACUCCAAUUCGUUACAUUUCAUUACGCCUCCCAGAGAUAUAAUAUAAAGUUUAUACAUUUUAUUUGUUAUUCUGAUUUUAAAAUACUUUACAUGAUUUUCUCACAUCAGAGCCACAUAUUUGUUUGCAAUGAAAUUAUGCAAGUAACAAAUGUUUGUUUUCUUUAUUGUAAAUGCACUAACGAAGUAUCUGUUAUGUAAUCUAUGUUAUACUUGCUUGUAUUUAUUUGAAACAUAAUAUUAGUAAUAAUGAAACAAAAAGUGUUCUGUGAUUUCUGUUGUAAAUAUUAAUAGCUUGUGUAUAAUAUAUCUAAGCUUUGAAUUAAAAGGUUGAUUUAUUACUGAAA